CUUGCUUGGCUCUGUGGUUGCUAGGGUAACUAGACUGUUUUGAAGAGUCUUUUGUUAAAAGUUUUUGUCUAUGCUUAAGUUUUUGUUUAACGAUGGACUCAAAAGUGAACAUAGAAAUAGUUGGUCUUAUUACAGACGCAAAUUUUCACGUUGCCAAAACUAUUGCCGAGGGACUAAAAAUGAAGUUUCCAGAAGCAUUUCUGGACCCAAAAGUUCACCCACUUAUGGAAUUUGACUGGAAAACAUAUUUAUGCAACAAGAAAAAGGAUCUGCGUGGAGAGGUGUGGCAGUAUUCCAGCAACCUGAUGUGCUUUCUGAACGGCCUUCUGCUCGGUAAUGAAAUGGACCUGUCUAACUGGGCCAAAACUCAGUGGAAUUUCACCCUUACUCAGCCACACAGUCCACAGACUUUCUACAAGGCUCUCGCUGAGGAGUACUACACUAAACACCUCCAAAAAACUGGGCAUCGGUUUGUAUUUAUGGACAUUGAGAUCGCAGGAGAAGAAGCCAGGAGAUUAUUGUUUGAGUUGUUCUCAGAUGUGUGUCCAAAGACGUCAAAGAAUUUCGAGGCUUUGUGCACGGGGGAGUGUGGCCUCUCACAAAGUGGCCUACAGCUCUGCUACAAGGGCUGUUUGUUUCAUCGAAUAGUGCCAAAUGGCUGGGUGCAAGCUGGAGAUAUUUCUCCAGGGAGUAAAGGGAAUGGUGGCGAGUCAAUCUACGGAGCAACCUUUGAAGAUGAAUGCUUUGCCAUUUCCCACUCCAAGCGAGGCAUUCUGGGAAUGGCAAACAAAGGUCCUCAUAGUAAUGGAUCCCAAUUCUACAUCACCUUGCAGCCGACACCCUGGAUGGACACAACCUACGUUGCCUUUGGUCAAGUGGUCGAGGGUUUUGAUGUCUUAAAGAGAUUAGAAGAAGCUCCUACUUGCAAUGAAAGACCUAAGUUUGAGUGCAGGAUUGCAGCUUGUGGGCUGUUUAAACUGUAGAUCUUUGUAUUUACAACAAGCGGCUUUCUUGAACACGCUUUCAUGCCAUUCAUAUAUUUUCUUUCUUUCUUUUCCAUGACUUUAAAUCAGAUGUUCAAUAAGAUUUAGUUACUGAAUAUACUUCUGCAAGGUCUAAAUUACUGUAACUUUAACAAAAAUUGUAUUUGAUCUAAUGUUUGGACUGGAGAAAGGUUAGAAAAUCGGAUUUGAAACAUGCCUUUGCUUAAAUUUUAUUAUAUUAUGAUGAAAUAUAUUGCCAAAAUAAAAAAAUAUAACAUUUA